AAUUCAUCAUCGUUCACUUCCGCCGAUCCAAUAUGGCGGAUGUUGAGUGUUUAUUUCCAUCAACGCAUUAGAAAACAUGACGCUAAAGGCUGUGAUGUAUGACUUACAGACAGAUAACUGACUCACAGUGAGGUAGAUCACACACCUUACAAAAAUCUAGAAUCCUGAGACCACAUUACUACGUCGUACAUGUGGGAGAAGGAUUAGACCGAAUACAAGCUUGUAAACAUUUCUUUAUUUGAGCGCACGAACAAUCCAAUUUUUGAUGGGCGCUGAGUGGUCGAGAUUUGGGACCUCAAAUCCAAGUAAACGUUUCAAACGUGAGACAGACGACACAGUUGACGCAGCCAACAAUCGUACCCAACAGAGUUUGUUUACAGGGAUUGACUGGAGCCGUCUACCUUACCUGGUCUUGGUUCAAGUCUUCCAACACCUGGACAACCCAGACAGGUACCACGCUGCUCUCACGUGUAAAUCCUGGCUGCUGACAUUCUCUAGUCCAGCCUUGUGGCGCACGGGACACUUCAAGUUGAACACCAAGUACAGCCAAAGUCUGAUCAGUUUUGUAGAAACGAUGGGGAAAUCUUUGCUUCACAUUAUAGCCGAUGGUACAGAGCUUCAAGAUGGAGACAUCUCCUCAAGCAAUCGAUUUUUGUCCGACUUACUGGACGCUCUACUGACCGCCAACAACCGGAAACUGGAGACUCUCAGCCUGACCAACAUGCGAAUGUUGAGGUCACCCUUCGCCUACCCCAGGUGUGAGGAAAAACUGGCCUCUCUCUUAGAAAACCAGCGCAAACUUCAAGUGCUUGACCUCAGCAACGCCGGUCUAGUUCUCUGCGAAGGUCUAGACUUGCUAGUGGCGGCCACCCUGAACUGCCACACAACGCUCCACACCCUCCACAUCAACGGGCUGGUCAACCAGAGCUGCUCACGAGCUUUGGCCAGGCACUCCAACUUUCUGUUGGUCGUGUCAAGUCUCAGCAAGUUAUCUCACCUGCAGCUUAGCCACGCCUACCUGUCGGACACCGUGCUGUACCUGCUUGCUGCGACAGCCUGCAACAGCCUGCGUGUGAUGACCGUCCACGCCAACAACCUGUACGACUGCAGCAUUCGGACAACCCCCUCGGCAUGGCAGGCCCUGUCGUCCGCUUGUCCAGCACUCAAAGUUGAGGUGUUGAUCCAGCCAAUGACUAGUGUGUAUUGUUAUUAUGGCGUGUCAGUUGGUAACAUUUUAACCCCUUCGAUGCCGUUACAUAAACUUCAUUGGAUUUUUGCGCGCACCGUGGAUAAGGCUCGCUUGCAACAUUGCUUUCAAAGAAUCGCCGCCAACUUUCAGAUCUCCCUACGUCAUCUCCACAUUGAUUUAGGCCUCUUUGAAGAUAGCGACAUUUUAGGGGACUUUUUCAAAAGGUGUCACAAUUUAGAAAGUUUGUCAGUGAAAUUGACCACUUUCGAAAUGCUCGGAGAGUUCAAGGUUGAGCAGCAAAUCAGACGAGCCAUCGCCAGUCACCCAACCAAGCACGUCUGUAACGUCAACCUGAACGGUAGAGACGUCAGUUUGACGCAGGGAUGGUUGACGUCUUUCGUUGGGUUGUUGGCCAGGGUUGUCUAAACGUGUGGAUGGUUGGCGGAGUGAUACAUAUAGUAGAGAACAACAAUAGUGGCAGUCAAGUGGAUGUUUGGUGGAGCAAUACAUAGGGUAGACAAUACAAGUGUGGAAGGCACGUAGAUGUUUUAGAAGCGCAUGAAAAAACUGGAGAAAUUCCAUUCAAUUGGCCAAGGAAAAUUUGACCUUCGUCAUGAAAUGGAUACUGUGUUGGUAUCGUCAUGACAUGGAUCCUGUGUUGGUAUCGUCAUGACAUGGAUCCUGUGUUGGUAUCGUCAUGACAUGGAUACUGUCUUGGUACCGUCAUGACAUUGAUACUGUCUUGGUAGCGUCAUGACAUUGAUACUGUCUUGGUAUAAAACCGCAGACUGACUGUACCCAGCGUAAAAAUCCUCUCGAACUAUUUGUACCCAACUAUUUGUACCCAACUAGAAAUACGUGAUAUAACUACAACAUGUAAUGUAUUCACCUGUGAAGAUGUCAUAUCAACGUGCAAGUAAUUCAGGCAAACAUCAAUAUUUAAAACACCUAUCAUUUAAUAAAUGUUUACACAUAUUAAAACCUGAACUUUUCCUGAAGUGUAUAAGUACUGCUGUCGGUAACAUCUUCCAUACUUACAUACAUCACGCAGUCGAUUAAAGUGUUUAAAUAAUUCUUCAGACAUCACACAAUCCAAUAAAGUG